CUUCAUAUUCAGCUGUGCUCCUCCUCCUCCUCCUCCUCUUAAGCUCUGCUUGGUGGUGGCUGGAUCCUUUCAGCUGUUGGUAUAUUUGUCCUUUUCUCCCUUUCGCUUCAUGGAUUUAGGUCUGUGCACCUUCUCCUAAUUCAGAUGACUUUAAUAGAGACUCUCCGAGUUACCCAUCUCCUAAAGCACCCAGCAGUAUGUUUGCUAGCACUUUCUUGUUACAAGAUGGGACCCACGUUGCUCCUGAACUUUGGAGCCCCUCCCAUGGAGUGAGCCAGUCGGCUUAUGGUGGAAUGCUGGAAAGUCCUUCUCACCUGUCGCCCUCCGGUAGUUAUGGCAGCCGGCAUCCCCACGAGCGCCUGAGUUGUCCUCCUCCUCCUCCAGCUUCACCAACAGAUGGAAGCACCAGCCUUCCACCAAUGUCCAGCUUUCACCGGGGCAGCAACUCAUUAUAUGCCGCUGCCGCUGCCGCCACCACCUCUCAUACUCCGCCCGUCAACGGAUCAGAGUCCAGUGUGCUUGUUCAUAGAGGGAAUCCUGCUGGAAGUGCACAGACUGGGGAUGCCCUGGGAAAAGCUUUGGCCUCUAUUUAUUCUCCUGACCACACUAGUAAUAGCUUUCCUUCAAAUCCUUCAACACCUGUUGGGUCACCAUCAUCCCUCACAGGUGCUGGUCAAUGGUCAAGAACUGGAGGACAAGCCCCCCCGUCUCCAAGCUAUGAAAAUUCUUUACAUUCAUUGAAAAAUCGAGUUGAGCAACAACUUCACGAGCAUUUGCAAGAUGCCAUGUCGUUCUUAAAGGAUGUCUGUGAGCAGUCCCGGAUGGAAGAUCGCCUGGACAGGCUUGAUGACGCCAUCAACGUGCUGAGAAGCCACGCCGUGGGGCCUUCAGUGAGCCUGGCAGGGGCCCACGCAGAGAUGGAGGGCUUAUUGCGGCCAUCCCACAAUAGGCCCAUUAGCACGUUGAAUGCCGCUUACGGCACAUCCGGCCUCGUCAUAGCCAGUAGACAAGCUUCAGUGGUCAGCACACAUCGGGAAGAUGGUGCCAGCCUCAGUAGCAAUAAUUCAGGGGUGUGCAACACUGUUCCUGCCCAGAGUACAGAACUAAAUCAUAAAACCCAAGAAAGCUAUAGAGUGCUGCCCGCUGGACUGCCAACCCCGUCAGUAGCGCUGGGCCCGCUGAAAAUCAAGUUGGAGCACAAGGAGAAGGAUGAAAAUGCAGAGGGACCCGCGUCCUCCGAUGACGAGUCCUCCCAGAAGGAUAUCAAAAUCUCCUCCAGAGGCAGGACGAGUAGCACGAACGAAGAUGAGGAGCUGAACCCGGAGCAGAAGCUGGAGCGGGAGCGGGAGCGGCGGAUGGCUAACAAUGCCCGGGAGCGCUUGCGCGUGCGGGACAUCAACGAAGCCUUCAAGGAGCUGGGCCGGAUGUGCCAGCUGCACCUGAAGAGCGAAAAGCCCCAGACCAAGCUGCUGAUCCUUCACCAGGCCGUGGCAGUCAUCCUCAGCCUGGAGCAGCAGGUCCGAGAGAGGAACCUGAACCCCAAAGCAGCUUGCCUUAAGCGAAGGGAAGAGGAGAAGGGGCCUCUCGUUUCAGCAGAGCCCCCAGCCCCCCAUCCAGGAAGCCAUCCGGCGCUUAGUGAAGCUGCCACUCCAAUGGGACACAUGUGAACGUCAACAAGAUCAGAAUCCAGAACUUCCAUGUGGAAGAGACCAAGAAGGGGAUCUUUUCUUCACAAGGACACUCAACGUAGCAUUCAACAGGACCAUCUCACUGGAGAAACAACCCAUCCGGAAGUGGCCCUUUGAGACCACCACCACCACCCCGGCCCCUGAACAGCGAAUGAGCAGCCAGCUCUUCUUCCAGCAGGACCCCCCCCCC